AUGUCCCCUCCUCGCCGAGCACUCAUCAGUGUCACUUCCGCCAAGGCGACCCUUUUUCAAGGAAAAGAGACAACUGGACUAUUCAUCGGCGAAGCCCUGCACCCCUACAGAGUCCUUCGGGCUGCUGGCUUUGAGGUCGACCUAGCAUCGGAAACGGGCACUUACACGGCUGACUGGCUCUCGCAGCAGCCUGACUUCCUCAACGGCGACGACCUGGUCACUUGGAACGAUGUAGAUAGUGACUUUCGAAAGAAGCUCGACAACAUGCCCAAGGCUGCAGAUCUCGAUGGGUCCAAGUAUGGACUUUUCUACGCUUCUGCUGGCCAUGCUGCAUUGAUCGAUUAUCCCACAGCGGCCUCACUUCAAAAGAUUGCAGCUCAGGUUUGGGCUAACGGUGGCGUCGUCUCGUCUGUUUGCCACGGCCCUGCCAUCUUCGCCAAUCUGAUUGAUCCAACCACCAAUGAGCCUUUGAUCAAGGGAAAGAAGAUUACUGGGUUCACUACCGAAGCUGAAUACACCCUGAAGAUCAUGGACGAGCUCAGGAGCUGGAACACCGAGAUGGUCGAGGAAGUUGCCGCUCGCCUUGGUGCAACUUAUCAACGUGCGCCCGGUAUUUGGGACGAUUUCCAUGUCGUUGAUGGCCGUCUCGUGACGGGCCAGAACCCAGCUAGCGCGACCUCUACGGCUGAAGCCGCUGUUGCAGUGUUCGAGACGCCAUGA